AUGUCUCAUUCAGAUUCGAACCAAAAUUUCUGUAUUGUCCCUCCAAGUCUUGAUCAUAAAGGAGACGACCAAAAACCAAAAAAAGAAGAUGCUGUAGAUGCAUUCAAUGUUUCCUAUUUAACUGAAUCUAAAAACGAAGAAUACAAAAAUUUAGAGCCACAUUUGAAUCAAGAGAUCGAAGACAAUAAUGUAUGCCCAAGACCUGGAGCACAAGUGACCUUAGAUGAUAAGGAGAAUGUUUACCCUGUUGAAGUCCUUGAAGUUAGCCAAAUUGAGGAUCAAGAAGAAAAAUAUGAUGACAUGAUGUCUCAUCCAAAUACUUUUUCUGAGGCUGGUAUUGGUGUAUGCCCGAGAACUGAAAAACAACAUAAAAUCCCUGAGGAAUGCAAAACCAAAACAAAAGACAAUUACAUUACUGAUGAAAUGGAAAACGUUGGGACUGUUGACCUCGUCAAUGUUACUCAAAUUGAAGAAGAUCAUGAAGAAAAAUAUGAUGAAUGCGAAAUAAAAACAGAAGACAAUUACAUUAAUGAUGAAAUGGAAAAUCUUGAAACUGAUGACCUCGUCAAUGUUAGUCAAAUUGAAGAAAAUCUUAAAGAAAAAUAUGAUGACAUGAUGUCUCAUCCCAAUACUUUUUCUGAAGCUGGUAUUGCUGUAUUCUCGGAAUCUGAACAACGACGCAAAAUCCCUGAUGAAUGCCAAGCUAAAACAGAAGAUUCUGGAGAGGAUUUUCUGUAUGAAAUGUGUUAA